CGACGAAAAGACUGAUAAGCGGGGAGUUACCAAACACUAAAGCGUACAUACGAUCCAAGGUUGGAGUUUUGGGAUACAUAUGCCCAAAAAGGUCAAGAAAGGAUUUGCCCUCUUGGGCAACUAUGAAAGGCGUCAGUCAACCCAGCCAUAAAUAG